GCAAGCACAGGAGCUAAAGAAGAAGUAGAGAAAAGAUUUCAUUGAGAGGUCUUUCUCUACUCAGGCUGAAAAAAAUGGGAGCAUGCCACAGAGGAUGAGAGGAUGAAGAGCAGCCAGAUGUUUUAGCCCAUUUAGGCUGUUAGUUUUGUUCAUUAGAUGCUCCCGGUUCAGGCCGUCGGCGGCGUGGUUUGGGUACAUUAUUAGUAUUAUUAUUAUUAAAACAUUUUGUCCCCCCACCACCACCCCAAAAAUGAGAGCAACAUCCAAGACCCCGCACUAACGCAGGCUGAGGAGAAGCUGGACGCGUUCCCACUCCUUAAUGUUCCCAAACGGAGCGGAGCAGAGAGCGGUACUGGCUCGCGGCCGAUGCCCGGAGGAGAGCUGCUGCUGCGGCGGCGGCGGCGGACCAGAGGGAAGAAGGCACCCGAGAGUCGCUGUUCACUACCGGGGAUCUAGGCGAACCUCGCCGAGGCUGAGGGCAUGGGCUGCGCUCCCAGCAUCCACGUCUCUCAGAGCGGGGUGAUCUACUGCCGGGACUCGGACGAAUCCAACUCCCCCCACCAGACCACCACCAUCUCCCAGGGCACGGCGGCCGCCACGCUGCACGGGCUCUUCAUCAAGACGGACGCGGCCGAGACCAUCCCCUCCGUCCUCACCUACCAGAGCCGUCUCUCGCACAACAACUCGCACCGGGAGCGAAGUGAGAACAGCGGGGGGCAGGUCCGCAUCGAGGCCGAGACCCAGACCAGCCACGCCAGCGUUAAGGUUUCUGCCACAGAAGAAUGUGUGGGACCUAUGAGGCUGACUAAGGAGCCGAUUCAGGUUCUGCUGGUGUUCGCUAAAGAGGACAGCCAGAGCGAUGCCUUCUGGUGGGCCUGCGACCGCGCCGGCUUCCGGUGCAACAUCGCACGGACGCCCGAGUCUGCCGUCGAGUGUUUCCUGGACAAGCACCACGAGAUAAUCGUCAUUGACGGACGUCACUCGCGCUACUUUGAGUCCGAAGCCGUCUGCCGGAUGAUCCGCGCCACAAAGCCCUCGGAAAGCACAGUUAUACUUGCUGUCGUACCACAGAAACUCCCGGACCAAGAGGAACCGUCUGUUCUCCCUCUCCUCUGCGCUGGAUUUAGCAGAAGGUUCAUGGAGAACAGCAGCGUGUCAGCAUGCUACAACGAACUCAUCCAGAUCGAGCAUGGAGAGGUGCGCUGCCAGUUCAAACUCAGGGCUUGCAACUCUGUCUUUACGGCUUUGGAGUACUGCCAAGAGGCUGUGGAAAUCACCAGUGAGGAUCACAUCAUUCAGUAUGUGAACCCUGCCUUUGAGAGGAUGAUGGGAUACCACAGGGGGGAGUUGAUCGGAAAAGAACUGACUGAGCUUCCCAAGAGCGACAAGAACAGAGCCGAUCUACUCGAUACAAUCAACACCUGCAUCAAAAAGGGCAAAGAAUGGCAAGGCAUUUACUUUGCCAGGAAGAAGUCAGGCGACAGCAUUCAGCAGCAAGUGAAGAUACUGCCUGUCAUCGGCCAGGGAGGAAAAAUACGACAUUUCGUAGCCAUCAAGCGAGUUCAUACCGACAACAAUAAUCAGGUCCUCAAAAUGAACAAGGAAGACAGAUGCAGCGGGGACCAUUCUCAUUCAGAGUGCCAUUCACUGCGACACAGGGACAGACGGAAAGAUUCAAUCGAUGCCAGAUCGGUUGGUUCCCGUGGCAGCGACGCUCCUAGUUUACAGAACCGGAGAUAUUCUUCUGUUGCAAGAAUCCAUUCGAUGACAAUUGAGGCUCCCAUCACUAAGGUAAUAAACAUCAUCAACGCGGCCCAGGAGAGCAGCCCGGUAACGGUCGCCGAGGCUCUGGACCGCGUGCUGGAGAUCCUGAGGACCACCGAGCUCUACUCCCCCCAGCUGGCCUCCAAAGAUGACGACCCCCACACCAACGACCUGGUCGGGGGGCUCAUGACCGACGGGCUGCGGAGACUCUCUGGGAAUGAAUAUGUUUUCAGUAAAAUGUGUUCAGGUUGUUGUGUCCAUGUGCUAGAUAUGAGCCAGAGCCAGCUGGCCAUCCCGGUAACGCUGAGCGACGUUCCUCCGUCCAUCGCCGAGAUGCUGAACGACGAGGAGCGCUGGGAGUUCAACAUCCUGGACCUGGAGGCAGCUACGCAUAAAAGACCGCUCACUUACCUCGGCUUGAAGAUUUUCACCAGUUUCGGAGUGUGUGACUUCCUGAACUGCUCCGAGGCGACGCUGCGCUCCUGGCUGCAGCUCAUGGAGGCCAACUAUCACUCCUCCAACUCCUACCACAACUCCACGCAUGCUGCAGACGUCCUGCACGCCACGGCCUACUUCCUGCGCAAGGAGAGAGUCAAGAGCAGCCUGGACCAGCUGGACGAGGUGGCGGCGCUGAUAGCCGCCACGGUCCACGACGUGGACCACCCGGGUCGGACCAACUCCUUCCUGUGCAACGCGGGCAGCGAGCUGGCCAUCCUCUACAACGACACGGCCGUGCUGGAGAGCCACCACGCCGCGCUCGCCUUCCAGCUCACCGUCCGCGACGGCAAGAGCAACGUCUUUAAGAACAUCGACAGGAAUCAGUUCCGAACGCUGCGCCAGGCCAUCAUCGACAUGGUGCUCGCCACUGAGAUGACCCGCCACUUUGAGCACGUCAGCAAGUUCGUCAACAGCAUCAACAAGCCAAUGGCCGCCAUCGAAGAAACCAGCACCAGUAGCACCAACAGCGACUGCGAGGGCCAGAGCAACAUCAGAAACUCUCCAGAGAACCGCCUGCUGAUAAAGCGGAUGCUAAUCAAGUGUGCAGAUGUGGCGAACCCCUGCAGGCCUCUGGAGCUCUGCAUCGAGUGGGCGGGCCGGAUCUCAGAGGAGUACUUCGCCCAGACGGAUGAGGAGAAGCGACAAGGGCUGCCCGUGGUGAUGCCCGUGUUUGACAGAAACACCUGCAGUGUGCCCAAAUCUCAGAUCUCCUUCAUAGACUACUUCAUCACAGAUAUGUUUGACGCCUGGGACGCCUUUGCCAGUCUCCCCAACCUGAUGGAGCAUUUGUCCGAGAACUACAAGUACUGGAAGAACCUGGACGACAUGAAGUGCAAGAGCCUGCGUCCUCCGCCGCCCUCCUGAUCUCCUGAUCUCCUGCUCUCCUGAUCUCCUGCUCUCCUGCUCUCCUGCUCUCCUGCUCUCCUGCUCUCCUGCUCUCCUCUCUAAAACAGUUAGUCAUUUCAGCCGCAGCGCUAAAGUAGCGCAUACGGCGAGGAAACGAGGCCAAUUUCCUGACUAAAAGGAACGAGGUCGCUGACUGAUGAGCACUGUGGCGCUGAUCUCGUCUUCAAUCCCGGACACUUUUAUCCUUCCUACUGAACACGGUGUUCCACCGCCAUGGGAAAAGAAAAAAACAAGUUUUUACCUGAUAGCCCGAAUGACUGUCAUCCGCCAUUUUGUUCUGGCGCCUCUUUGAAAAUGCAUGGGCCUCACGGCUUACCCGACAAUCCGUACCAAACAGUGUAACACGCCGAAAAUCUGCACUUUAGCAAAUCAAGACAUUUGAAUUUUGAGCUCCGUUUUGCUCUUUGCAAAAAAAAAAAAAUGUUUUUUAUUUUUUCUUUAAACCCUGUCAUUUUAUCUCUGAGUGUGGUUGCAAAAGAGCGACGAGAGCAAGAGGCGCUUGGCCGAAAGGUGAGCAUCUCUAGCGAUUGGGCUUCUUUGUAGAUGUGAGUUUGCAUCUCUAAAACUUCUGAUACAGACUUGUGAAGGUGCUCAGCUGGAAUUAUUCAUCCUUAAUAUCUAAAAAACAACAACAAAACAAAACAAAAAAACAUGUGUGUGGGACCAAACUGUAAGCAACCCCAGUAGCCCUGAGCAGGAAAAGUGUUGUAGGAAAGAUUCCAAGAACAGAUCUCUGGAGACGGCAGGGUGCGCCGAUAGUUCAGCCUCAUAGAUAAAACCUGACAACCAAGGGCUGUUCUGUGUGCUGCGGACGUUUUAAGAUCAUGUAGCCUGAAAAAAAAAAAAAUCGAAUCUGCAGCUUUAGCUUCUUUCCCGUCUUUAAUGUGUGUGAAAGCAGCCGAUGUGGACGAUGGAGAUGCUUUUACCGAACAGAAUGCACUGUACUGGGGUAAAUGUCGAACUUUUAGCUUUGCGACACAAACUGUAGAAAUGAACUGUGAGCAUCUCAGCGCAAAUUUUAUGUGGAUAAAACUUUUAUUUUAGUAGUUUGGGGAAGAAAUUGUCCUCACAGAGCAAAUUCAGUUGUUACACUGAGAACAUUCAGCCAUUUAUCUUCUGAUUUGUCACACAUCUUUAUAAACAAAUGUGACUCAGUCUGACCCAUUAGUUGUUAUCCAGUAAGAUCUCUGAAGCCAUAAACACGACCAAUGACAAUUCAGUUGAGUUUUUUUUAAAUAAAAAGACAAAAAAAGAAAGAAAACCUGAUCAAAUCACAGAUAUGGUAGUAUGCCCUCUGGUGGACAUAACAAAGAUUUGCACAUCAAACAAGCAGUUAAAUGUGAGCAAGAAAUCACUUCUUCUGUAAUUGUACAUUUAUUCAUAUAUGAUUUUUUUUUUUUUACAGAUACACAAAUUUUUUGGUCACUUUUAGUUGAAAAAGUAUGGCAACCACAAAAGCAGCCAGCAGGAGGAUAUUAUUGGUGAUCCUCUGAGCUGCAGCUACACACUGCAGAAUCAACCAAAGGCACAGAGAUUCCCUCAUAGGUGCCUUACAUCUCCCUUUUCUCCUCACACACUACAGCAUAGUCAUAGUAAUGGCUCCUCCUUUCUAUACAAAGUGAAUCACAAGAAAAGCCAUAAGUGUCGUCGGUGAUUUUUAGGAUAAAAGAAAACACAUCUGCGACGUUGUUUCGCGGUCUUCAGUCGUCCCGUCACAGCGGUCCUGGGUUUUACAUUAAAAGGUUGCAUUUUGUUGUUCGUUUUGCUCAUAGUGUCAAAUACCUUUAAAAAAACACACACAGACUCACACAACUUCGUCUAACAUCGCUGUAUUUAUUGUCACUUUACGGAUGAUCACUUCCUUACAAAAACGCCUUAAUCCUGUCGUGUGUCGCUGUUUGGUUGUGCUUUGCUUGUGCCACACUGUAAAACUACCUGAUGCGUCUGCUGUUCAUGUAAAUACUCAGCAUUUGCCUUGCUUCGCUUUUAAUGUUUCUUCUUAUUUAGUAAGGGGUGCAAGUGCAAAAUUCUUAUCUUAUCUAUCAGGUCAGUUUGCCAACUUAGCGACUUUGUUGCUAUAUUAAGUGACUUUUCAGACAAAAUUAAUUGGUGAAAAUUGGAAUCGGCAGGUCAGGCUAUGAAGGAUCGUUGAACGACCAGAAAGCUGCAGUCAGUGCUCCCCUGUUAUUCACAUUUCGGCUCGUCGUGUACAGAAAUACAGAGAGCUGAAACACGGUUCCAGCUCAGAUUAUUUCACGGUCAUGUGAGAACAUUUUUGCUAUCCUGUAACUAGAAAUUUUAGAGAGAGAGACAGAUUUAAAAUAUUUAAUAUUCACACUUCACACAGUCAUGCCUUUUCCGCUGAGCAGCAGCCGCUACUUGAAUGCAACAUGCAUUCUGUCUUUUAGCCCGGCAGAACCACAGACAGCUUCGCCUUCAGUGACGGCCGUGCCAACCCUGAGCUUUGCACCAUUUAUAGACGAAAUUGUCAUCAGAGAGAUAUAUAUAUGUAGAGUUGAGAAAAAUCUAUUUUUGUGAAAAUUAUUAUUAACAUUGUUAUUAUUGCCCAUGACAACUGUACUGUGUGUUUUUAAAGAUUUUACUGCCUCUUGCAUAAUAGUUUUAUGUUUUACGCUCCAGCUUCCUAAAUUCUGCCAUGUCUGAUUGUUUUCAAAGCUACGUGUAUUUUUCUCUCGCCACGUUAUGUCUUAUUUUUGACAUUUCUGUCAAACAAAAUAAAAGUAUUGUGAGAGAUGAAUAAAGCAUUAUUUAACUAUGAA